CAAAUGUCAAAUUUGGCGCUAAUAAACUUGUCAACCAUACUUUUUACAUAAAUAAAUGUUUUUAAAUUGUUAAAUUAUCAAAUAUAAUGGAAACUCAAUUUGAAAAACUGGAAGAAUUGAUCAAAGAUGAUGACAAAAUUGUAACUGUAGUGUCUCUAUCUCAAAUAGCAAAAGUUUCACUACAAGAAUCUCAAAAUUUAAUAAAUAAAUAUGUGGAGUUGCACAAGGAAUCUGAAGAAAUCUUUCCCACAUAUAUUUUGAGUGGAAUAAAAAAAGAAACUGGCGAUUUGUUGAUUGUUCAAGUGAACAAUGAGAAUAUUGAAGAUGUUAAGAAGCAUUACAAAAAUGACCCUGAAGUCAUUAUUUUUAGUAUUCAAAGAUCGAAAUCUAUCGAUUAUAAUGUUAUUUCGCUUGUCCAGCCUAAAAGUGAUAAUUUUCUGCUGGGUCAAGUUGUUGGCAAAAAUUGCGUUAAAAGAAUCCUCACUAAAAAAAUCCUACCCACUUUGCCUGCUCCCACAAUUAAAGGCAAAUCUACAAUAUUUACCAAGCAAAAUAGUGCUGUAAAUGUAAAAUCAGAAGACAAAUUGAAACCUGAAGAAGAUAAAAAUAAUGAUACAAAAACAAAACAGGCUUCAGCUACUAAAGGAACAAUUGCGAAUAUGUUUAAAGCGGCACAAACACAAAAUAAAAAACCUGUCGAACAAAAACCUAAAAAAAAUGUAGGUCUUUCAAAUUUUCUCACUAAAAAACCAAUCAAGGAAAAAGUAGCAGAGGAAAUUAAGCCAAAACAAGAAAAGGCAAUUGAAGAUAAAGUAGUAAAAGAAACAAAACAAGAAACAGAAGAAAUCAAACCAAAACCAAACAAAAGUACUUCUGAUCUUUUCGAUUCUGAUACCGACGAAGAAAUUUUAAAAGAUUUACAAAUACUAGAAGAAAAACCGAAAGCCAAGCAAGAAGAAGAAAAACCAAAAGCCAAAAAAACUGUUCCUAAAAAACCAACUCAGAAAAAUAAAAGGAAGAAAACUGAAGAAAGCAGCGGUGAAAAAGCAACUAAGAGACGCAAAAGGAUUAUCGUGGAGGAAUCAGACAGUAGUGAUGAUAUGUUUGCUGAUGAAAAAUCAGACAACGAAGAGCCUCCCGAACCAAUGGAAAUAGAACCAGCACCCGUAAAAGAAGCACCUCCUCCAGUACCAAAAAAUAAAAGAAGAAAAGCUGUAAAGAAAAUCUAUGAAGAUGAUGAAGGCUUUCUCGUAACUGAAACCGAAUACGUUUACGAAACAGCAUCUGAAGAUGAAAAUAUGCCCGAAGUAAAAGUCAAGCCUUUAGUUGAGAAAAAAUCAAAUUCUGAACCAGAAAUAAGCCCUAAUAAGGCUAGCAAAGCUAAAAAAGGAGCCAAAAAGGCAGUUGCUGCUAAUCAAACUACGCUUAUGAGUUUUUUCAAGAAAAAAUAACUAUAUUUAUUUUUUUUAUUUAUAAGUUAAUUCCUUUAUAUAAACGAGGCGCUACUGGUUUGCCCAACCCCAUAGUGAAUUUUUCUGUUGGUUCUUCACCUAAUAAUAAAAUAGAAAUAUUUACAAAAAAAAAUCAAAGAAGCAAAAAAUUAUUCUCACCCUCUUCAGCAAUUCUAUAUUUCAUUUUAACACUUUGUCUGUUAUAGAAAAUUUUUAGUUCUAAAUCAUCUUUAGUUGAGGGAGUGUUUUUCAACUCACGAGCUACAAGUUCUUUGAGUAAAGGAGGAAACUCCAUUGUCCUAGGCAAUAUUCGUUCAGUGUUUUGAGGCUUGUAAGCUUUACAAUAAUCAGCUUCUUCGUCUUUCGGUAUAAGUUUGUAGUCGGUUUUAUAAGAAGCUGAUUCCAAUGGUCUCGGUUCUGGAUAGGUUUUGCCUCUAAAGGUUUUUUCUACUAGGAGUCUGAUUUUUCUUAGAUUCUGCAAAGACUUGGUUAAUUUCAGUUGAAGAUAGAUUAAUGUUACUCACGUCUAUGGAUUCGUUUUCGGGUUGGGGCAAAGUUUCAACUUUUAAAAUUUUAAAGUAGGAAGGUUCUGGGUACCUUUCCAUCCGGUUUCUGGCAACUAUUCUACCUACUCCGAAAUUUUUUAGGUUUCCCAAGAGUUCCCAUAAGGUUUUACCUUUGAAAUCGUGUGUGCGACCGAUAUAUUUGUAGGGCAUUUUUGAAAAUUUUGUGGUUUUACUAUUUUUUUAAUAAAUAAGGUUAGGAGAUUGUGAUUGUAGUGCACUGUUUUGUUUGGAUC